GGUUCCGGUCCCUCCUCUCGGGCUCCAGCUCCCGCAUCCAUCGUCGGAAGAUGUGGGGAAGAUGGCGGAGCUGCAGAUGUUGCUGGAGGAGGAGAUCCCCGCGGGCCGCCGAGCGCUGCUGGACAGUUACCACAACCUGGACCGAGUUGCCGAGUACUGCGAGAGCAACUACGUCCAGGCAGCAGAUAAACAGCGAGCUCUGGAGGAAACCAAAGCCUACACAACCCAGUCCUUAGCAAGUGUGGCCUACUUGAUUAACACAUUAGCGAAUAAUGUGCUCCAGAUGCUGGACAUUCAGGCAUCCCAGCUCCGACGCAUGGAGUCGUCAAUCAACCAUAUCUCACAGACUGUGGACAUACACAAGGAAAAAGUUGCCAGAAGAGAAAUUGGUAUCUUGACGACCAACAAAAACACCUCCAGGACACAUAAAAUUAUUGCCCCAUCCAACCCUGAGAGGCCUGUUAGAUACAUCAGGAAGCCGAUUGAUUACGCCAUCUUGGAUGACAUCGGUCAUGGAGUGAAGUGGUUGCUUAGAUUUAAGGUUAGCACACAAAAUAUGAAGAUGGGUGGACUUCCACGUAGCACCCCACCCACACAGAAACCGCCCAGCCCCCCAGUGUCGGGGAAGGGCACCCUCGGUCGACAUUCUCCUUAUCGGACACUGGAGCCCGUGCGCCCUCCGGUGGUGCCAAAUGACUAUGUACCGAGUCCAACUCGCAACAUGAGCUCCUCACAGCAACAAAGUCCAGUGCGGACAGCUUCUGUAAAUCAGAGAACAAGGACAUACAGUAGCAGUGGAAGCAGUGGGGGAAGUCACCCAAGCAGCCGCAGUAGCAGCAGAGAGAACAGUGGCAGCGGGAGUGUUGGAGUCCCCAUUGCUGUGCCGACCCCUUCUCCACCUAGUGUGUAUCCAGGCUCGGCUGGUACCCCUCCACUCCCCACUACCCCUAAUCCCACUCCAACCCCUGUUCCUGUUGCUCCUGCCUCUGCUCCAGUGCCUGCUUCAACUCAAGGUCCUGUUCCCUCUGCAACCCCUGCCCAUGUUCCAAUACUGACCCCAGACUCCAUAGCAGGAGCUCAGCCCUUUGCUGAUGGCUUCAUAACACCAUGUCUCCCUGCUGUCUCUUCCACUCCUACUGCAGGGCAUACCACCCAGUUCUACAGCAUGAAUCGACCAGCGCAACGGCAGAACCCUGCCACUAUUGGGGGUUCUCUACCUGGCUACAGGCGCCCUCCUUCCUUGGCCUCACAGGCGAGUCUCCAGAAUCAAGUCAACGGAGGACCAUACUACUGUCAGAACCAGGCAACUGAAUCUGGAGCGCCCCUCGCUCCGCCGCCACCUUCUAUCCUGCAGGUUACACCGCAGCUACCACUGAUGGGCUUCGUGGCCAGAGUUCAGGACAAUAUUUCAGAUGGCUCCAACCCUCCUCCACCUCCGCCAACUGAUAAUGUAAUAUUCGAUGAGUCACCUCCGCCACCCCCACCACCAGAGGAUUAUGAGGAAGAAGAGACGGCUGUUGUGGAGUACAGUGACCCAUAUGCAGAGGAAGAUCCACCCUGGGCACCCAAGAACUAUUUAGAGAAAGUGGUUGCUAUCUACGACUAUUCAAAAGACAAAGAGGAUGAAUUGUCUUUCCAAGAGGGUGCCAUCAUUUAUGUGCUGAAGAAAAAUGAUGAUGGCUGGUACGAAGGAGUGAUGAAUGGAGUGACUGGUCUGUUCCCUGGCAAUUACGUGGAAUCCAUCAUGCACUAUGCAGAGUGAGGUGCUAAAGGCUGCCUCCCGCAGAUACCACCUUCUUGCUGGUGUACCCUCGCACUCUGACUUCCUAUAAUGCUCGGACAUGCACAAGCUGAAAAUGAAGGAUUCAAGUAUACGACAUACACAAUAUAUACAUUAUUGAGCCAGGAUGGAGCAAAGUGGCAAUGUCUCUUGAGAAGUGCUUAUUCUCAUAUAAGCACUGGUGACUGUUGUGAAACAAGCUUUCUGCACACACUUGCACACAACCAAGCACGCGCACACACAUGUACAUUUCAUGCUGUCACUCCUACUCCUAAACACACACUUUUGUGCGCUCUCCCCCGAUCAUGUGCUCUUUCCCACUCUUCCUUGCUUUUGUGCUCUCUCUUCCCUUCUCAGGCACUGUCUCCCAUUCUCGCUCUUUCUCUGCUUUCACAUGUGCUCUCUCCUCCACUCCCGCACGACUCUCUCCACACUUUGCCCUCGCUCCCCCUCGUCCCGUUGCAUUCUCUCACCCCCCCCCCCCCCCCUC